AUGCAGGAUGGAACAGACUUUUAUUAUCGUGGAACCUGUACAGAUCGUACUUGGAACAGUCAACAGUGUCCUGGAUGGUGUUUUGCGCAAAACUCUAACUCUUCUAUUCCACUUGCUAAAUGCGACACGGAGCAAGACUGGUAUUGCUGUCCCGGUGAUGCAGACUGCAGCUGCGAGACUGGUAAGAAUGCCGUCAAACUAGGAGGAGAGCAACCUUCGACCAUUACCGUGAUUGGGAGCACCAGCUGGCCCGGCUACACUAGCACUACCUCACCAUUUACAGCCAGCAAUCUUGUCACAGACGGUACCCAAACCGCGACGGGGACGAGCAACCAAGCUGCGGCCACCACCGCUACCGCCGCCGAUAGUAACACGAACACCCCGGCAACUAUAUCGUCAAACACAGCUACGGCCGAGCCUGCCUCGGCCUCCACAGUCAUCCCAGCUACAUCGAGCGGUGGAGGAUCAAGCAACACAGGUUUGGCCGCCGGACUUGGGGCUGGACUAGGUGCUGCAGCUGUCCUCAUUGGAGUGCUCAUUUUCUACCUCGUUCGAAACCGACGCAGGAAGAAUGCGGUCAAUGCCGGGGGUAAUGCGGCAUAUGGCGGUAUUCCUUCAAGCGCUGCUACAAUGCAGAAGCCAGUCUAUUCGGACUCUCAACAGUCCGCACCGUACAGUGACAAUACCAACCCGCAGUCCCAGCCCGAAUUGCCUGGACAAGGAGAGCACGACAGAGCAGAAAUGGCGACAAUCAGUCAAGGCCAGACCACCUACCAACACCAGCAAAGAGCGGAGCUUGAUGCCUCAUGA